AGGUUGAAGGAGAACAGGCAAAGCAGCAGUGGCAAGAUUGAGGGCUGAUUGAAGAAGUUACUGAAAAAAACCCCUUGUGGUUAUCAUCAUCUUGAAGUAUUUCUACACAUGUGGUAAAUUCAGAAGUCAUAAUAUGAUGAUUGCUGCAUACUAUCAAGGUUAACAGGGGCUCCAAAUGAAGGAAGCGUUUGUGGAAUGACCUCAUGGGUAACAGAAGUAUAUGCAACUCCACAGACCUGCCAUUCAAAGAAAGCCGUGACCUCCUGAUUGUAGUGUACAGCUUCAUUUUUGCCAUAGGCCUACCAGCUAACUGCCUAACUGCUUUUGUGACACUCGUACAAAUUUGCAAAAAAAAUAUCACAGCCAUCUACCUGUUUGGCCUGUCCCUCUGCAACAUUAUGUACCUGAGCACUCUUCCCCUCUGGAUCAUCUAUGUGCAAAAUGACCAUUAUUGGACUAUGGGGAAACUGUCCUGCCGUGUGACCAGUUAUAUCUUUUUCUGCAACAUCUACAUCAGCAUUCUUCUCCUGUGCUGCAUUUCUAUCGAUCACUACAAGGCUGUGGUACGCGCACUGGAAAGCAGAGGGAAAUGCUUCAGGUCCCAAAGGACUGCUACUAUAGUCACAGUAGCCUUCUUUAGCAUCACUGCUGCAAUCUAUUGCCCUGUGUUUUUCAACACAAGUAUCCAGGAAAAAAACACAAACACCUGCUUUGAAACUCCUCUCAAUAACAAUUUGGCCCUUUACAAUAUCAGCCGGUUCUUCGUGGGAUUUCUCGUUCCUCUGGGGGUCCUUCUCUUCACAAACUACAGGAUUUUUCAAAGUAUUAAGACCAGCUGCAGCCUCAAUCCGGACCAGAAAGCUAAAGUGAGAAACGUGGCAAUUGCCAUCAUUUCUGUAUUUGUACUAUGCUUCGCUCCCUACCAUUUUGUGCUCCUUGUGAGAGCCAUUAUCUUUUUUCGGCACCAAGAUCAGGUAUGCACAUUUGAGAAAAACAUAUAUACUACUUCUGUGAUCUUUCUGUGCUUUUCCACUGCCAAGAGCAUUGCAGAUCCAUUUAUCUAUGUGCUGGCUGGUGAAAAUGUCAGGCGUGAGAUGUAUCGCACAUGUAGAGUGUGUGGACUUCAUUCAUCAGAUGAAUCCCAUUGACAUCAUAAACACACAAGCUGGGAAAUAAAGAAGACAAUAUUAUUGCCCUUCACUAUUGAAAGUUUGUAUGGCUCCUUUAAAAGACCUGAAUGUGGACAACAUUUUCAAAUGCACUGAAACAUUCUCUUUCUCUGGUAGUCGCCAUCUCUUUCAGAUAAUUCUGAUCUUCUUCAUACAUUAAAUUCAGUCAAUGGGCCUUCACAAUAAAGUCACAAUAUUGUGAUAUGUCCAUUCAAUGCUGAAGACAUAAUGAUGCAUUGACCAAGGAUCAUAUGGCAUCAUGGAGAAGCUGCUAAUAUAGUUUUGAGUCAUUUAUCAAUUCUUUGCUAAUGAGGAAAGGACUAAAAUGAAAAAAAAAAGCACAAGCCCCAAACAAAUGCAAAGUGAAUAAGCAAUGCUACCUCUCUGGGAUAUCUUCUAGGGAGGUGUGACAAGCUGGCAGCCUGCAGACCAGAUGCGUCACGCACAGGUCAAGCCCACCCCAGCCCCGCGAAAAGAAAAAA